AGCGCGCGGCCCAGCGUCUCAGCAGCGGGGGCGGGAGGCACAACUUUACCCCGAUCCCGGGCGGGGCAGGGACUGCAGCGCGACAAGUUGGAAAACUUCUCCGGUGCGGACGGGGAGACUCCGGGCGCCGGUACAAAAGGAUGUAGGAGGGCGGUGGCUGACCCUCAACCUCCCCGGAUCUCCAAGGCCCUAUUCGGUCCGGCCAUGGGGCGCUAGCGCCUUCGGCGCCGCCAGGGGGUCGACCCUCCUGUCCUGCCGAGCUGGGUGGGACGGUGCUGUCACCCGUGGUGCCCGCGCUGGGCGAGCAGCGCCCCCUCUGGCCGGGUCCAGACCCGCCAUGGACCACCAGGAGCCCUACUCCGUGCAGGCCACCGCGGCCAUCGCGGCCAUCAUCAUCUUCCUCAUCCUCUUCACCAUCUUUGGCAACGCGCUGGUCAUCCUGGCUGUGCUGACAAGCCGCUCGCUGCGCGCCCCGCAGAAUCUAUUCCUGGUGUCGCUGGCCGCCGCUGACAUCCUGGUGGCCACGCUGAUUAUCCCUUUCUCGCUGGCCAACGAACUGUUGGGUUACUGGUACUUCCGGCGCAUGUGGUGCAAGGUGUACCUGGCGCUGGACGUGCUCUUCUGCACCUCCUCCAUCGUGCACCUGUGCGCCAUCAGCCUGGACCGCUACUGGGCCGUGAGCCGAGCCCUGGAGUACAACUCCAAGCGCACCCCGCGCCGCAUCAAGUGCAUCAUCCUCAUGGUGUGGCUCAUUGCAGCUGUCAUCUCGCUGCCAUCCCUUGUCUACAAGGGCGACCAGGGCCCCCAGCCCAGUGGGCGCCCCCAGUGCAAUCUCAAUCAAGAGACCUGGUACAUCCUGGCCUCCAGCAUUGGAUCCUUCUUUGCACCCUGCCUCAUCAUGAUCCUUGUCUACCUGCGCAUCUAUCUGAUUGCCAAACGCAGCCACUGCAGAGGUCCCAGGGCCAAGGGAGCCCCUGGGAAGAGUAAGUUUAAGCAGUCCCGCCAGGUCCCUGGUGGAACUUUAGCCUCAGCCAAGGUGCCAAACCUGGCCACUCAUCUGGUUGCUGCCGGAGAGACCAAUGGACACUCCAAGCCCACUGGGGAGAAGGAAAUGGGGGAGACCCCUGAAGAUUCUGGAACUUCUACCUUGCCACCCAGCUGGCCUGCUCUUCCCAACUCAGGCCAAGAUCAAAAGGAAGGUAUUUGUGAGGCAUCUCUGGAGGAAGAAGCUGAAGAAGAGGAGGAGGGCGAGGAGGAGAGGGAGGAAGAGUGUGAGCCUCAGGCCUUGCCAGCAUCUCCUGCCUCGGCUUGCAGCCCACCGCUGCAGCAGCCACAGGGCUCCCAGGUGCUGGCUACCCUCCGUGGCCAGGUGCUCCUCGGCAGGGCUGCUGGCGCUGCAAGUGGCCAGUGGUGGCGUCGGCGGACACAGCUAUCCCGUGAGAAGCGGUUUACCUUCGUGCUGGCCGUCGUCAUUGGUGUCUUUGUGCUCUGCUGGUUCCCUUUCUUCUUCAGCUACAGCCUGGGUGCCAUCUGCCCACAGCAAUGCAAGGUGCCCCAUGACCUCUUCCAGUUCUUCUUCUGGAUCGGCUACUGUAACAGCUCGCUGAACCCUGUCAUCUACACCAUUUUCAACCAGGACUUUCGCCGUGCCUUCCGAAGGAUCCUUUGCCGCCAGUGGACCCAGACGGCCUGGUGAGCCCGCCUGCCCACUGCCCAUGUACGGUUGGUGCCAGGUGGCACCCGGGCCAUCCUGCUUCUUACCCUCCUUUAUG